AAGUUCAGCUUACAGAAAUGCUUUGGUUAUCUACAAAAAUAUUAGAUACUGAAAAGUUAAUUAAAAAUACUUGGUUUAUAUCAUCUUUUUACAAGUCUGAUAAAGGUUCAAAUAAAAAAUAUUUUGUAUUUGAACCAAAUGAUAAAGAUUAUGAACCAAUGACUAGGAAGAAAAAUGAAUUGAAAACUCUGAAAAUUCAGAUCUAUCCUACAAAAUUUGAAUCUAAAAUGCUUGACAA